UUCUUCCUACGUAAUAUUUACUUGGCAAAGCAAGGACCAAGAAAGGAUGUAGGGUCGGAGUCGGGAGAGCCUUGUUGUGAUUCUCAGCACCAGCUGGCAACGUCAAAUUUCAUCGCUGCCAACACGAUGAUGAAAAAGAGUCCUGCACUGAGAGAGCCAAGUCGACUGUUGUAUGCAUAGUAUCACAAUACUGAAGGACUGCCCCUGUCUGCUGUUGCUGGCAGGCUAUGGCUCCGGAGUGAGUGCAAAAAAUCACGAGAGGAAGGACGUGAAGGAAAAAGGAUUCAUUAAGAUUUAUGUUCGUUUUCACAUAUCUUCAGAAUUUAGGCUAAUUGUGAUAUAAGCUGUUAAAUUUCGUUAAUCAAUCGACGUCGCCCCAGCCGCUGGUCGCUGGAAAAUGUUCGUAAAGUUAGAUUCAAAACGGGUACCAUAAUGAAAGUAGUGAAAAUUUUUCACGGCUCCCAAUCCGUUCUGGGGUGUGUUUAUUUUAGUGAGCUCAGCCAUUUUGGAAAAUGAUUUUUCUUCGAAUAAGUAGAAAGUCGUGAGCUGGAAUUAUUAGUGAAAUUUUAGUCAAUGGUGUGAUUAGAUGUGUAGGAUAAUCAAAAAUUGCGCUGAUGUAUAAGUAGUAUAAUUAUUCCAAGUGAGGAUUGAAAUGAGCAGAAGUCGUCGUUCUUCGUUCGGGCAUAGCCACUAUCAGCAGCAGUUCACUGUCACUUCAACUAUCAACUACGGCGACGGGUUAUGUGAUAAUGGAGCAAAUGCGCCACAGAAUGGGGCUCCAUCUCCUUCGAGGUUCAGCGAAUCGUCAUAUUCCAAUUUGGGUACCCGUUUGACCGCAUUUGUGACCCCUCCUAGUGGCGAGUGCUACCGAAAUGAUGAAAAUUUGCGACCCUGCUGUAUUCCACCACCAUCCUCUACAGCACCACCACCAUCGAGCGAUCGAUAUUCCACUAGUUCAGCCCCCACAUCUAUUAUCGCGUAUCCUGAUAACAGAAAUGCACCGCAUCAUCGUUCAAUGUCUCCCAGUUCCAGAACCCGCUAUCCUGUUCCGGAACGGUUUCGCGACCCCCCGGCCCCCAAAACAGAUCAGUUUGGAAAUUACUUAAUGAAUAACCCUCCUUUGAUGACCAGUUCAGAGAGCUACAAUUAUUUGACCUCGACUGUACAUACUCCCGUUAAGCGUUACAUUCCGACGCCACCCCCGCCGGAGAACUAUCAGCAAGACAUGGGUCUGGGUCCAACGUUGAUGGCUGGUCUGAUUGCUACGAAGGGAGGGAUCAACAUUAUCAACCAAUCAGCCCCAAGGACACCCGUUGUUAGCACACUACCAUACCGCCUGAAAGUAGAGCCCAAGGUCCCGUCAGUACAACAUUUGGCUGAAGAUGCCACCGACCACUAUGCUACUCCUCCGCGUGCAAGACCUGUUAAAUGCCAACAACCGCUUUGUACUUUUACACAAUCUGCAACACUUGGUCGACAACUGUGUCCAGGGGCCCCGGAAUACUCAAUGUUACGAACACCAACACCUGUAAGUAUAAUGAGUGAACCCAUAAAUGCAAACCCUACCGACGAAGAAAACUGCUACCACUGUAAUAGUCUCCGUCGAGCCACCGGAGUUCACCAAACCACUCAAACAUCCGGUCCAAUUAGCCCUCAGCCACUGUCUAUUUCAUCUGUGUCGAUGUCCGAAAUGGAACGCCAAUCCCCACUCAGCCCACCGUCGCUUGUGUCGCACACAUCCUACUCCCAUCAGCACCCUUUGGUGGCUCCCGGAGAUGACGGCCGGAAUGCAUCCUCCCUAAUAAUAUCCCAGUCACACACGCUCAAUAGCUCGUGCAGCAAUCCAUCAAUUAUUAUCCAGUACCAACAGCAACACAUUCAGCAUCAACAGAUCCAACAGCAACCUCUCUAUCAACAGCUUCAACAAUUACAGCAGCAACACGCACAGCACCAGCAACAAUCGCUGCCUCUACAGCAAAUACCUACGCCUAGGCUUCAGCCGGAUUCAACCCCGUCUACGCUUCAACGGAACACGCAACCACAAAUGCGAACUCGACUUUCGCACAAACAACGUAUAAAGGAAUAUCUACGGCGAAGUACUUCGCAGUUCUUCGGUGUGGAUCAACUGAAUGAAGACUACGAGCAGCAAAAGUGGGAGGAUCGGCAAAAACGGUUGGCCAUUCGAAGAUUUGGACCCCUAAAAGAGGAUGUCGUAGUGGGCCGGGUGAACGAAGUACACGCUGAUGUGCUGAACGAACACAGCGAUAGACCAGAUGUGCUACCAGCCCAGAGUCAAGACGAACCGGAGACGGAACAAAAUCGACGUCAGCGGUUCAACCCGUACUACCGACAUGAUGGCAGCGACGGCUUUCAAGUCGAACGGAAGCCAUCAGUCUCGCAAAUGAUCGCAAAUGGGUUCGUUUUCGUGGUGCAAAGCUUGCGAAAUCGCAUUCCUAGGAAACAGAAGCAAUGGUCCAGGAGCUUUGCGCCUGCACACGUAGCGUUGAAUAACGACGAUAACGAUUUGUGCGAUGGAUUGACUCCAAUCCAGGAAGAUGAGCUGUUCUUCGACAUUCCAACGCUGAGCAACCAGCAACACGUGGAACACGAUUUAGGGGCAGACGGUUCACGGCAGAUUUACAUGAUCGAUCCUAACCGUGCAACGGUAAGCAAUGGUUGGAUUACAAAAUCGGCUGAGAUUCAAAUUCAACAACAGCGUCCCUCUCGUGGGAGGAAUGCUCUCUACCAAUACUAUGGUCAACGCAUAACGGCUCAUAUAUUGGACAGUGUGUUAGACAACUCUCGACGCCCGUCUAGCCACAACAUCAAACUACUCAGACCAGAAUCGCUGGAUGAUCGCUACGAUUAUCGCCCAUUUUUUACCUAUUGGGUGAAUACUACGCAGAUAUUGGUGCUGCUUCUUACUCUUCUGUGUUACGGUAUAGGACCGAUAGGGACGGGAUACGAACCGAAAACUAGUCAAGUUCUUGUAACUAGCUUAAGUCUACAAAUGGUGACGCAUUACGAGCAACAAAACAUAUGGAUCGGCCUGAGAAGGGACGAUCUUGUACAUGUGGGGGCAAAGUAUGCACCAUGCAUGCGCCGGGAUACGAAGAUAAUGGAAUUGAUAUCGAAAACGCGGAAACAGGAACGGGAAACGGCCUGCUGUAUACGAAACGACGACUCCGGAUGUGUUCAAAGCUCGCAAGCCGACUGCUCCGUCCGUGGACUGUGGCCAACGACUAUUUCAACGUGGAAGAAGUGGUCACCGGGAGAUUCGGGCCCAGGCGGAAGAAUAUCCGGUAGCGUUUGCGGCCUAGAUCCGAAAUAUUGCGAAGCUCCGGCCUCGAUCGCACCGCACGAGUGGCCCGACGACAUAACAAAGUGGCCAAUAUGCAGAAGAAACAAUCAAGUUUCUCAGAAGUUUCGCAUGAAGGAUCACACCGCCGAGCACAUGGUGUGCGAGGUAAUCGGGCACCCGUGCUGCAUGGGGAUAACGGGAGAAUGUCGUAUCACCACUAGGGAAUAUUGCGACUUUGUGCGGGGAUACUUUCACGAGGAAGCCUCGCUGUGUUCACAGGUUUCUUGUCUGAAUGAUGUAUGCGGAAUGUUUCCAUUCAUCGGAACUGACAUGCCAGAUCAGUUCUACAGGCUGUUCACAUCACUGUACCUUCAUGCAGGUAUUUUGCAUAUUUUGCUUACCCUUGCCUUCCAAUACAUUCUGCUGGCGGAUUUGGAGCGACUGUUGGGAUCUCUCCGUACGGCCAUACUGUACAUUGGUUCCGGCAUUGCUGGUAACCUGACGAGUGCAAUAUUCGUACCGUACCGACCUGAGGUCGGACCACUGCCAUCACUAGCGGGGAUUAUCUCGUCGCUCCUGACGUUGCUGAUUCUAUGCCACUGGCGUAAUCUAAAGCGACCCCACAUAGCUUUGCUCAAAGUAGUCAUCGUAGGCGUUCUAGUAUUCGGCACGGGAGUAAUUCAAUGGCAGCAGAACUUUACCGGAUUGAUAUCCGGGCUGAUCUUUGGAUCGACGUUCACGCUAGCUCUCACGCCGUACCUUCAUGUGAGGAAACAUACUAGAAAAAGAAAGAUAAACCUGAUCUGGACGUGUUGCGUGCUUCAGUUCGUACUCUACAUGUUUAUGUUCCUUGCGUUCUAUCUAUUCCCCUCGCCAUUCUCGCUCAACUUUGUGGACGGUAAUCAAAUUUCCAGUAUCAACGACAACGGUGGUCUACACGAUAGCUUCAAUCCUUACGAUACUUUCAACUACUUCAACAAUAAAAAUAGUGAUAGAGGAGGUUCCGCCGACAACGGUGCUGGGGGAGGUCAAACUCCAAACGGCCAUCGCGAGUACGACAGAGGCGGUGGCGGUGGCGGAGGUCGAGGCGACAACGGAGGCCGAUACGGAAAUGGAGGUGCUAUCAGCAUGUCUGGCGGAACAAUCAAGAAUAUUAACCCGAAAUACAAUAAUAUGCAUAGCAGCAGCAGCAGCAGCAGUAACGUAAAUCUUAACGCUAAAACUAAUACUUUUAAAGAGGUAGCUAUAUGUGAAAAGGGACAGUGCAAUCUGCGUCCAAACGCAUGACGUCGAUGUGUUUUAUGGUUUAUUCCGUUGCAGUUGGUUUACGUUUUUUUCAUUCUGGCCAUUAUAACUGUAACGUUACUCGAUAACGAAUAUAUACUGAUAUACUAUAUAUACUAUAAAUAAAGAAAACAGAAAAACGGCAAGUAAACGUCAGAUUUGGUGGAGAA